AUGUUUUUAUCAAAACUUGAAGAUUUACCGGAUGAAAUAUUAAUUGAAAUUUGUAUUUAUUUAAAUGCAAUAGAUGUUAUUAAUGCAUUUGGACAAUUAAAUAAUCGUUUAGAACGAACUAUAAGACAAUUUCGAUCUGAUAUUAACCUUCAAUAUCUAACUUUAAAGCAAUUUCAACGAUGUUGUUUUCAUUUAUUACCAUAUAAUGCAGAAUAUAUUGUUAAAUUAACAUUAAAUACAUGGUAUUCACCAGGAGAAAUUUCUCUGUUCAAUAAAUCAAUUGCUAAAUAUAAUUCUCUUCACGACUUUUUACCUUCUCUUAAACAAUUAUGGUUGAUUAAUUUUAGUAAUCAAGAUGUGGAUAUACUUCCAAAAAUUCUUUCAAUUGAAAGACUAAUGAUUGAUAUUGAUUCACAAAUACCUUUACUACAAUCAACAAGAAUUUUACUUGAUCAAUAUUUAUUUUGUACGUCAAAUACAAUAAAAGAAUUGAGGUUAUACGGUGCUGAAGAAGGUAUUAUAUUACAACAUGAUGUCGCUGUAAUGAUGUGUCAAUGGCUUGAAAAACUUAUAAUUAGUGUAGCUACAUUAGAUGAUUUAAUAUUAAUAUUAAGACGUGCACCUAAUCUUGUAAAAUUACAUAUUGAAGUCAAUAUAUUUUCUGUUGAUGUACCAAAACAAUAUGCAACUGUUGAUAUGAUGCCAAAAUAUAUGAAAGAUUUUCAUUUAUGGAUUAAAGAUAAACGUUUACUUAUAUUUGAUGAUUUAUAUAAUAUAUUAAUAAAUAUGCCAACAAUUGAACGUCUUUCAUUAGAGAUAGAAACCGAUGAUAUACUAUAUAGUCAAGGUUAUCGAUGGAAAGAAUUAUUAUCUAACUUGCCAAAAUUAUCUCGAUUAGAUAUGGGACUUAAAAUUUGGAUUGGAUGGGAAUCAGUACCGAUCGAUGUCACACCAUAUUUAGAAACAUUUAUAAAAAAUGGUAUAGAAGUUUGUUGUUAUGCUGAUACUCGAGUAUUAUUUAUUGAUACAAUACCAUAUGAUUUUGAUAAUACAACAGGUGUAAUGACAUCACCACGUGCAAGUGAUGCUAAAGCAACAAAUAUGGAAUUAUUUCAACAACAAGCACGAAAAGUAAAUACAGUUUGCUUCGAUGGUCGUCAUGAAUUAACAUCAAUUAAUGAUUGGUUAAAUGUUAUUAAACGUUUUCCUAAUAUUCAAGUGCUUGAUAUUACUUCAAUUAAUGUAUAUGAUCAAACAGAAGAUGAAUUUCUUGAGAAUAAUCAACAAUUGCGAUUAUCUAAUUUAGCUAUUUUACGUUAUAUUCGAUCGACAAAAUGUAAAGUAAAUAUUCCUUUUUUUAUGUAUCUUGCGAAUAAUACUAUACUUGCACCUCGUCUUCGUACACUGACAAUAAUGUAUGGAGAUCUUAUUUAUUUAUGUAAACGUUUAAAAAUAGAUUCUUUUCCACGAUUUAAAGAACUUUGUGUAUAUAAUAAUGGUGCUGAUGGACUUAUUUGUUUAGAUGAUAUUAAACUAUUAUUUAAAUUUUUUCCAAAUCUUGAACAUUUUUGGCUUCAUGUUCAAUCAAAUCGAACAAUAAAUCGAUCUACUGUAUUAAUAACAGAACAUUUCUUAUGUUCAUUACCAAAAUUAAUUAGUUUUCGAUUAUCAUGUAAAAAAGGUUCAUUAAGAUUAUCAUCAUUAUAUGAUAAUAAUACAUAUUUGACAUGGAUUAAACGUGUAUGUGGAGUAGAUAAUCAAGAACAAAUUCAUACUAUUAUUAGAAAAAAAGAACUAGCAAUUUGGAAAUAG